AUGUCGUAUUCCAUUUCCAAGAUCAACCCUAAGUUGUUACGGCGUAUAUACCGUGCUUGUCGUCCAACACUUCAAGAACCAAAUUUGGCAUUAAACCUUGAAAUAUGUGAUUGGGUUAAUGCUAAACAAGGAUCGGCUCCAAGAGAAGCUGCUAUUGCUGUUGUCAAGUUGAUUUCUCAAAGAGACCCUCAAACUUCGGAAUUGGCCAUUGCCCUCUUAGAUAAUCUUGUUAAGAACUGUGGGUAUCCAUUUCAUCUUCAAAUUUCUAGAAAGGAGUUUUUAAAUGAAUUGGUUAAAAGAUUCCCUGAAUCUCCUCCAAUUCGUUAUAAUCGAGUUCAAAGAUUGGUCUUAGCCCAAAUCGAAGAAUGGUAUCAAACUAUUUGUAAGACUUCCAAAUAUAAGGAAGAUUUCACAUAUAUUAGAGAUAUGCAUAGAUUAUUAAGUAAUAAGGGGUAUGUGUUCCCUGAAGUCAAAGUGGAAGAUGCAGCCGUAUUGAAUCCAUCUGAUAACUUGAAAUCUAUGGAGGAAUUACAAAAGGAAGAAGCAGUGGUUCAUUCAGCUAAAUUACAAGAAUUGAUUCGUAGAGGUAGACCUCAAGAUUUACAAGAAGCCAAUAAGUUGAUGAAGAUCAUGGCCGGCUUUAAGAAUGAUAACGUUGAAGAAAAUAAGAAGCAAUUGACCAGUGAUGUUUCUCGUUUGAAACGGAAAGUUGAAAUCUUGGAUGAGAUGCUUGUUACUGUUGAAUCAUCAUCUGGAAUUGUUGAAGAUUCAAAUGAAGCUGCUAUUGAGUUAUAUGCUUCAAUAAAAUCUUCUCAGCCAAGUAUCACCAAGAUUAUAGAGGAAGAGCAAAAUGAAAGUGGAGGAAACUCAGAUCAUAUUCAAACUUUACUUGUUCUUAAUGAUAACAUCAAUGUUGUUAUGAACAAAUUCCAAUUAUUACGUAAGGGUAAUGUUUCUGAGGCUUCUAAUUUGAAAAUUACAUCUCUGGGUUCCGGUUCUAAUGGUGGUGGAAGUGCUAAUGAUUUGAACUUGAUUGACUUUGACGAUGAUGCUCCAAUUAGUAGUGAUUCCAAAGAUGAUCAAGGGUUUAAUGAUUUAUUGAACGAUUUAUCUUCAUUAUCCUUUUCCUCCAAUGCCACCUCCACUACUAAUACUAAUCCAUUGAAUUUAUAUGGUAGUGGAGGGUCCAUUUCACUUGGUUUACAACAACCAAAGCCAACACCUCCAUUACCAAGUUCCACCAAUAAUAAUAGUCUUAAUUUGUUGGGAGAUUUGAAUUCACCUUCACCACAAUUACAAAGUAACCAAUCGUCUUCCUUGGACCCAUUUAAUCUUAAUUUCCCAUCUUCAACGCCUACUACUAUCACCACUCCCCAAUCAAACAGUACCAGAAUUAUCAAUGAAUCGGAUAAAUUAAAAAUUGAAGUCAACACUUUAGAUUCAACCAGUACCAGCUUUAAAGGUGAUGCUUUAUUUUCCAAUAAUUCAUUUAUGAACACUUAUGAAGACUUUAAAUUCUUAUUGGCUGUUCCCAAAUCAUGUACUUUGAAGUUGGAGGCUCAAUCUUCCAAUGUCUUGAGAGCUGGAACCAAUAAAGGAGUUUCCCAAAGGUUUAUUAUUGAAAACCCCAAUAAUAAACCAUUGAAAAUUAAGUGGAAGGUUGAAUAUUCCUGUAACGGACAAAGAUUCGAAGAGACUGGUGUGUCAACCUUAUAA